AAUGAUGACUGUUCGUUUUUGUUUCUUCUUCUUCUUCAACUUGAACUUUGAGCCCGACCUCCAAAACCUCUGCAACCUUCAAACACCCAUAUUGUUUAUCUGAUCCUCUUUCACUCUCAAAAUCCCAGAAGACUGAGACAGAGAGCUUGGGCAGGCCCGGCUCUUUGUUCAAUUUUCCGGGGUUCAAUUUUUUUUUUUGUUUUUUUGGGGGAAUAUAUAGUUUAUUUGAAUUGGGUCGCAACAUGGGUUGCUAUUCUAGCAAAAACGCGGACUCUAAGGUCAACAGGGUCGCUCGGUGGAGAUCCACGGGCAUUGUUGCUCUGCGUGAUUCCAAAUUGAAGACAUUUCCAGAAGAAGUUCUUGAUCUGGAUAGAUCUGUACGCACUCUUGAUUUAACUCACAAUAAAAUUGUGGAUGUUCCUAUGGACAUAAGCAAAUUGAUCAACAUGCAGCGACUGGUUUUAGCCGAUAACCUCAUUGAGCACCUGCCAAUAAAUUUGGGGAAAUUACAGUCUCUAAAAGUUAUGACACUUGAUGGAAAUAAAAUCACUUCCUUACCUGAUGAAUUGGGGCAGUUGGUGAGGCUUGAGCGGUUAUCCAUUUCAGGGAAUUUGUUAGCAUAUUUGCCUGAAACUAUUGGCAGCUUGCGCAAUUUAUUGAUCUUAAAUGUGUCAAAUAACAAAUUGAAAUCUCUUCCUGAAUCAAUUGGGAGUUGCUUCUCGUUAGAAGAAUUGCAAGCAAAUGAUAAUCUUAUUGAAGGUCUUCCUGAAUCUGUCUGCAAUCUUAUGCACGUAAAGUCACUUUCCCUGGACAAUAAUAAUGUGAAGCAGAUACCUACAAAUCUGUUGAAAGAUUGUAAAGCUUUGCAGAAUAUUUCCCUGCAUGGGAAUCCUAUUUCAAUGGAUCAGUUUCAGCAGAUGGAAGGAUUCCAAGAAUUUGAAGCAAGGAGGAGGAAGAAAUUUGACAAGCAAAUUGAUUCAAAUGUGAUGAUCGGUUCCAAAGGCCUUGAUGAGGGUGUUGAUCUUUAAGAGUAUAGCUCUGGUAUUUCCACAGGUUGAUCGGUCAAUGCGAUUUCAAAGGGAAGGAUGGUCCCAUCUCUUGCUGAUGCUGUAAAUUUAGACGAAGAGGAACAUAACAUUGUUAAAUAUAUUUAUCAUAUCAUAGAUUCUGUUUCAUUACACAUGAUUGUUGUUGUUUCAUUUCCUUUUCAGUGUUUGCUUGUCAUUGGCACGUUUGUAAAUGAUAAACGCUUCUCAAAAUUGUGUUCAAGGAUCUUAUUUUUACAAGAUGGUUGCAGAGUGAAUAAUGAAUCAAAUUCCUGUACAGAUUUUAUCAGACUAAAUUGGCAAAUGAGAAUGGCUAUAUAAAUGUCCUAUUAAUAUUUUCAAA